AUGCCGUUGGUGAAGCGGAUCAUUGAACCCAGAUAUUUGUGUCGUGGUGCUCUGCCUGAUGGAGUUGCCAGUGAGCUGGAGUGUGUCACUAACAGCACCCUGGCUGCUGUCAUCAAACAGCUUGGAGGACUCAGUCGUCAUGCGGAGGACAUCUUUGGUGAGCUGUUCACAGAGGCCAACAGUUUCUACCUGAGGAUGAGCAGUCUGCAGGAGCGAGUGGACCUGCUGGCAGUGAAGGUCACACAGCUGGACUCCACCGUCGAGGAAGUGUCUCUGCAGGAUAUCAACAUGAGGAAAGCUUUCAGGAGCAGUACAAUCCAGGACCAGCAGGUGGUGUCACGGAACUCCAUCCUUAACCCAGUGCUGGAAAUGUACCAUCGCUGUGACAAACCACCACCCCUCAACAUCCUGACACCUUAUAGGGAUGAUAAGAAGGACGGCCUGAAAUUCUACACCGACCCGUCUUACUUCUUCAGCCUGUGGAAAGAAAAGAUGCUGCAGGCCACCGAGAACAAGCGCAAAGAGAAGAGACGACACAAGGAACAGAAACAUGUGGAAGAGUCUUCAGGACGAGAAGUUAAAAAGGUUCGGAAAGCUCGUAACAGGCGGCAGGAGUGGAACCUGAUGGCGUAUGACAAGGAGCUCCGCCCAGACGCUCGAGUGACACCGUCACCUUACCACACCUCUGAUGGCUCAAUGUCACCUGACAGGUCGGGGAUGUCAGACGACUCCUCCUUCCCCACCAGCUCCCACCACCAUGACGCCCAGGGGCAUGAUGGGAAGGAUCACGUCAGCGUGGCGAGCGGAGGAAGCGGUCAGACUCAGUCGUUGGACCGCGCCCUGCGACCCGCUUCUGCCUCCUCUGUGGUUGCCACGGCGACUGCCCGCCAGCACUCACUGGGCCGCAACCAGCCGCAUCAUCACCACCACCACCCGCCACCGCUCGCAGGCUUGGCCAAUCAGAAUGGAGCACGGACCAACUCUGCCAAGGAGGCCAAUGACCAUCAGAUUCCUCCAGCACCCCCCCCACCACCGCCCCCCCUCAUGCCGUCAGCGGGUCAGAUGGCAUUCCCCAACAGCUCAGCCCACACCACCGCCAUGGCAACGCCCCUGCACCCUGCAACCGUUCCUGGUAACCAAGGUGGCGCUGCCGUGCUCUCUCGUCCCUACAGCCCCUCCCCUCCCCCACCUCCGCCGGCUAAUUAUGUCCCCUCCCCCUCCCGGCCCGGAGGCCAGGCCCCGCCCUCGGCUGCUGCUGCGCCCCCAUUGCCCCUGGCAACGGACAGCAGGAAGCCACCCGGUGGACCGAAUGUGCCAAUGAACGAUGCCCGCAGCGACCUGCUGGCCGCCAUACGCAGAGGGAUUCAGCUGAGGAAGGUUCAGGAGCAGCGUGAGCAGGAGGAGGCCAAGAAACGAGAGCCCACAGGAAAUGAUGUCGCCACCAUCCUUUCGCGACGCAUCGCAGUGGAGUACAGUGAAUCGGAGGAGGAGUCUGAACCAGAGGACCAGGAGUGGUCUGACUGA